AUGGUUUACAUCAUGGAGAUCUACACAGACGGUGGCUGUAGGGGCAACGGGCAGCCAGGAGCUAUAGGUGCCGCAGCUGCUGCUGUCAAGUCAAGAAAUGGAGUGUACGACUCACGGACACGCUCGUUACCCCGAAAACCCACACCCACAAACCAGCGUGCCGAGAUCACUGCCAUCAUCAUUGCUCUAGAGAAAGCCUUGGAAAAGUUUGACGACUUGGACCACAGGCCAUAUCUAAAGGUCAAGAUCUAUUCGGAUUCGAGAUAUGCGGUUAACUGUAUGACGAUUUGGAUUUACAAGUGGGCCAACAAUGGUUGGACAAAUGUUGCAGGCUGCGAGGUUGCAAACCGAGAUCUUCUCGAGGAAGCUUCCAGGCUUGAUGAUAGGUUGAGAGAUUUGGGAGAGGUGGACUAUAUCUGGAUUCCGAGGGAGGACAACGAGUAUGCUGAUGGCUUAUGCAAUGAGAACAUGGAUGAACAAUGA